CCACCGGUUGAGUGACUCACACGAGAGAUUGUGUACGGAGUCAGUGGUUGAUUUCUGAAAUUUAAGAAUUUUUGUUAUGGAUAUAAAUUCACUUUAUUUCUGGAAAUAAAUAAAAGUUUAUAUAAAUAUGUCGGAUGUUAUGCUGAGGCCGCAUUUGGCCUCAAGAGGUUGUAGGCCAGAAGAUGGAGUAAGAGAUAUGAUAGUGAUCAGUGAUAUAGAUGAAAAAGGCAUUAACGAGAAUCUGAAAGCUCGAUACAAGAAAGACAUCAUUUAUACAUUUACAGGGUCUAUCCUGGUUGCUGUUAACCCAUACAAGAGUGUGAAGAUCUAUGAACAGGAACAUGUAGAAGAAUAUACAGGACAAAAGUUGAGUAAUGUAGAGCCACACAUAUUUGCUAUAUCUGAAGCUGCGUUCCAGAAACUUAAUGACAAUAAUAAUGGAGCAGACGGUAAAACGAACCAGUCGUGUAUCAUCAGUGGAGAAAGCGGUGCCGGCAAGACAGAGAACACAAAGUUUAUUCUACAGUAUUUAUGUUCCGUGACCAACCACACAUCGUUCUGGGUAGAACAACAAAUUCUAGAGGCUAACACAGUCCUUGAAGCUUUUGGAAAUGCAAAGACUGUUAGAAAUGAUAAUUCCAGCCGCUUCGGAAAAUUUGUCCAGGUGUGCUUUGACACAAGUUGUCAGAUCAAAGGCUGUAUCGUGCAAGAUUACCUUCUUGAACAAUCGAGAAUCACAUUUCAAUCAGCAAAUGAGCGUAAUUAUCAUGUAUUUUACCAGUUCAUCGCGGGUGCCGAGGCUUCGCCUGAAAUCAAGGACCAAUACAAUGUGGGACCAGUCCAGUCAUACGCAUAUCUUAACCAAAGUGGAUGUUACACGUUGGACGGAGUUAAUGAUUCAAUCAUGUUUGACCGAUUGCGAUUAGCGUUAAAUGUUUUAAAUGUCUCGCAAGAAAUGGUUGAUGGUAUAUUCCGGAUAUUGUCCUCUAUAUUAUGGCUAGGAAAUCUUAAAUUUCAAGAUGUGGAAGGUGAAAAGAGUGAGUUAACGGAAAGUGAUUUAGAUAUAGUAGGCUUAGUGUGCGAACUUCUUGGAUUUAAUCUCGAUGGAUUUAUGGAGGCCUUAUUGUUCCGUCAAAUUCAGGUGCGCGGAACAGUUACCAGUAUUCCUUUCAAACACCAAGAGGCCUGUGAAAAUCGCCAUGCAAUGGCAAAGUGCCUUUAUUCCAGAACAUUUGCCUGGUUGGUGGAUGCCGUGAACAAAUGUACGAACCCUGGUCAACAUCAGUUGAGAUUCAUAGGAAUUCUAGACAUAUUUGGUUUUGAAAAUUUCCAGGUGAACAGUUUUGAACAGUUGUGUAUAAACUACACCAAUGAGAAGUUACAUAGAUUCUUCAACCACUAUGUGUUUGCAUUGGAGCAAGAAACAUAUCGCAAUGAAGAGAUUUCAUUUGAACAUAUUACAUUCACAGAUAACACCAAAUGUGUAGAACUUAUAGAGAAGGGACCAAGAUGUGUUCUAAGAAUGCUGGAUGAAGAAUGUAGAUUUCCUCAGGGAACAGACAAAUCAUAUCUGCUGAAACAGCAUCAGGAGCUAGAAGAACAUGAGUAUUAUGUGAAGGGGGACCGGAGAAAGUGGGAGCUCGAGUUUGGGAUCAAACAUUAUGCUGGCAAUGUGACGUACACAGUGGCCGGCUUCCUAGACAAGAACAAAGAUGUACAACAAGACCAGCUGUUUGAAAUGAUGUACAACUCGUCCAAUGUGUUUGUUAAAGAUUUAACUAGGUUCCAGGACUUGUUAGGGGUACGGUUAGAGGAUCUCAGUGGACGUCAAUCUAUAUCACGGACAACCAGGGGUAAACCUACUGUAGGUGAUACAUUCAAGCACCAGUUAUCUGCCCUUGUUGAUAUCCUCUCUACAACAAAUCCAUGGUAUGUGAGGUGUAUCAAGCCGAACAACAUGAAGAAAGCCAACAGCUAUGUCGACCAGGAUGUUAUACUGCAGUUAAGUUACUCUGGCAUGCUGGACAUCAUCAGAAUCAAAAGAGAGGGUUAUCCAGUGCAUGUCUCCUUGGAAACGUUCCUUGAGAAAUAUGCUUGUUUGUUGAAUCAGAAGUCAACCAGUGAAGAUCCAAGGUCAGAUGUCAUGGUCAUUCUAAAUGAACUCAAUUUGCCAAUGACCGAUUGGCAAGUGGGCAAAACUAAGGUGUUUUUGAGGAAUUCGGUGUUUGAACCACUUGAAGAGAGAAGGGUGGAGUUCCUGAGAUUGAAAGCUUUGAUUAUACAGAAAAUUUGGAGAGGAUUUGUCAAGCGCAGAGAUUACCAGCAGUUACGAGAAGCCACCAUUAUUAUACAGACAGCGUAUAAGGCCUUCAGACAUCGUAUCGUCUUCAGAAGAAAGAGGAAGGCGGCCAUUUUGAUUCAGUCUCAGGUACGUGGAAUGCAGGCUCGUCAGCUGGCAGCCAAACUGCGCGAGAUCAAACGUAUCGAGGAGGAACGAUUACGACAAGAGCGAGCUGAACAAGAACGUCUCGCUCGCCAGAAAGCUGAGGAAGAUGAGCUGUCCAUUGAAGAAUCUCUCAAAAAAUUGACACGCGAUCAGCUUUACAGAAAAAUUAAAGAAUCUCAGAACGAGUUGAACUCAUUGACCCAUCUGAUAGAGUCUAUGUGGACACAGUAUGAGCCGACCGUCUCGCCAAACAAUCUUAAUCUUGACGAGAUUUUCUCGUUCCUGCAGAAGGAGCAGGGAGCAGAGGCUCGAGGGAGCAAACAAGGGAACAAGACCCUCGAUGAGAUAACAGAUGAGCUUAAUGAACUCAAUGAUUUGUUAACUCAAGAUAUGGAUACUGAAGAGGAGCUACAAGAUCUUGAGGCUCAAACUGAGCAAGAGAGGCGAGAAGGCAGUAUUGAUAAUUUACCACCGCCCCCGGAGAUCUCAGCUAGUACAGAGAACCUUGCUGACUCAGAACUUGAAACCUUGCCUCCACCUCCAAGUGGUGAGGUAGAAACAGUUCCACCGGCCUUCAUUCCACCCCCUCCACCACCGUUACCUCCUGGUGUUCCAGCUCCGCCUCCUGUCCCACCGGUAGCCAAUCCAAACAGCGGGCGGCCAUUACCUCCUACUCCACCAACAAGGAGAGAUAGCCACUUGACUAACAGACAGUCUCAGAGAGGUAGCUCAUUAAGCUCCUUGGAAUAUCAAGAAAUCCAGAAUGCCAUUAAUGAAAUAGAAAAUAUAGAGUUUGACUAUGCCCCAAAACCUCCGGUUCUUCCACCACCACCCACUAUACCAGCUCCGCCUUUGCCCCCUGGUGUAGAGAUGAGUCAACACGAAAAAGAAAAACUCAGCAAGAAACAAAGCCUCACGAUAGACGUGCCCGAUAAUAUAAAUCAAAAUAAACUUCAAGUUCAAGGACCUUCCAAUGUAGAAGCACUGUCGCCAAAAAUGGAGAAAAAAUUACAUAACCUUCUAGAAGGACCGGAUGAUUCAUCAAAAGGGGAGGGCUUGAUUCCAAACGGAAGAACUCCAAUGACUCCGCCUACCCCGAUGAGUCCUGUAUCAGAUGGAGGUACCGAUUUUGGAGAGGUAUACGACAUGCUGGACUAUGCAGAGAAAUAUUUCAAUGAACAUCCGAAAGAUGUUAGCGGUACCUUGAUGAAGAGUCUGAAAAAGAGGAACUCACAAGAACGAGACUUCCUAAGUAAGGAACAAAUGUUAAAGUUCUGUAAAUCAGGGCUGAUUGCAACAUCACAUGUUAAGAUACAUGAUACAGAAAACGUAUUCCUGGCUUGCUCCAUAUUUAAGGAUCUUACAAAAUGUAUCAAAGAUGACAUGAAGGAUGACUCGGCAUCAGCUGUGAUACAAACAGUGAUACGGCACGGCAUUGAGAGGAUCGAACUUCGGGAUGAAAUAAUAUGUCAGCUGAUCAGACAGACGAACGACCCACCAGAUGACAGCUGCCUUAUUCUCGGAUGGCUGUUUAUGUGUCUUUGUACUGCUUCAUUUGCUCCCAGCAAAAACUUACACAAGUAUUUGGUAUCCUAUGCAAAGCGUCACAGAUCUCAUUCAGUGAUUGGUAAAUAUGCUCAUCAAGUUGUCAAACAGGUUACAGUACCUCGUGCCAUGGCCAGGAAAUAUCCGCCUUCCUUUGCUGAAAUUAUGAGUAUGAGGAAUCUGAGUCCACUGAUCUGCAAGGUUCAUUUCAUGGACGGGAAGACCAAGGCGGUCAGUAUAAUGCCAUGUGAUACAACCCAGGACGUGCUCAGUAAGGUCGCCAAAAAGAUUGGGCUGCAGUCAGUAGAGGGAUGGUCCAUUUAUGAGGUGACAUCAGAAUAUGAGCGGUACAUCAGAGCGUAUGAAUAUGUAGCAGAUGUGCUUGCUCAUUGGGAAAUGAGUGAGAGGCAGUCAUCCCAGCUCAGUAAAUACGAGACUGUAUCAAAGAAAGGACCGAAGAUGGCACUAGGUGGCAGUGAUGCGCGACUAGUGUUCCGUAAACGAGUAUACAAACAUGUUCAUGACAUUCCAAAUGAUCCAGUAGAGUACCACCUUCUGUAUGCCGAGGCUGUUAAUAAAGUUGUUAAGGAUGAAUUCUCGGUGUCAGACAAGGUGGCUCUACAGUUGGCCGGACUGCAAGCUCAGGUGGUACUAGGUGACUACCAGGAGGGUAAAGGUCAGAGGUACAAGGAAGUCUCACAGUAUCUGUGCAAGAGGAUCCUCAAUUAUCAAGGUCUUGACUGGAGCCAACAAGUCGCCUCCGCUCAUAAGCAAUAUGGAACGGGGAAGACGGAGCUUGAGGCAAAGGUGUGGUAUCUAACCUGUGUGAAACAGUUCUCACUUUACGGAUGCACUUUGUUCCCGAUCGUUCAUAAAGGACUGUGGCAGCAUGCUCACGAUGCAUUGCUUGCGAUCAACAUGGACGGAGUGAAAUUUGUACGUGCCAAAGAUAAACUAGUCCUUCAUGACUUCAAAUAUUCAGAAAUUGAAUCGAUCGCAUUGGAUCCUAAUGAUAACUAUGUAACAAUGGAAUUAAAGAACGGAAUGGCAAUGGAUUGCCCGCAGCGGUGUUUCAUGUUCGAGACCAAUCACAAGGAAGAUCUUGGGAACUUGAUAUCCAGUUACUCACCUGCUCACGCAAACUGGCUUAAACCAGAUUACGAAGGAGUUAAGAAGCAUGGACGCAUGGUCGACAUAAUGAAGAUGACAGACGAGGAGAAGCUCAAACUUUACGAGGAUUUGGUGAGAGCUCGACGCAGUUUGUCCGAGACGCGGCUCCUACACAGGCCCGUUCAGGAUAGAGAUUCGAGUUUCUUCAAAAACACUCUGAGAAGAAUCACAAAGUCAAAGAUGGAGAGAUUACGUAGCUGUUAUGCUGGCGGAAAUAUCGGCAUGUUUGACGUAAGUUACUGGUCGUAUAGUAAAGUGGCGCUCAAGCAGUCUUUGACGGCCAUGCAAGAACCGGCAGUGGAGGAGCUCGCGCUCAAGGUCUUCAACUCUAUACUGAUCUACUCCGGAGUUAUUGAAUCAGGGGAGUAUGGUACUGUAGAUCAUACUGAGAUGAUACAGACUGUUGUACAGAAAUGCCAGGAGAAUGAGGCUCUCUGUAACGAAUAUUAUCUUCAACUAAUCAAACAGACCACAGAUCAUCCAGAUCCCAACAGUAAUGUUAAUCGACGUAACUGGCAGUUGAUGUGCGUAGCAACGAGCUGUAUGAUCCCUAGCAACAGUAGAGUGAUGAAAUACCUAAACUGUCAUCUGAAAAAAUGUUCCCUUGACACCACUACCGAGGAAGGAAAGUUUGCUAGAUUCUGCAAUAAGUGUUUAACAAGAACACAGGAAAAGAAGAAGCGAAAAUUCCCGCCAUCCACGAAAGAGAUAGACUGUGUAAUAUCUCGUAAACCAGUCAACGAGAAGGUGUUCCUGCUGAAUGGGGAUCAUAGAGUGAUAGAGUUUGAUUCCGCAGCUGUAUGUGGGGAGGUGUUAAAAACAGUUAAAGCAAAGAUAGGAAUGAGGUCAGAUGCUGAAUGUUUUGCUCUGUAUGAGGUCACUAGUGGAUCUUCAGAACGAUGUAUGAAUGCAGACGAGAGAAUGUCGGACACAUUGAGUAAAUGGGAGAGGAUUUCUAAAGGUUCUUCUACACGAGAAAUGAAGCUGGUCUUCAAGAAACGUUUAUUUAUAGAGCCAUAUCUGAACCCAAUUGACCCUGUCGAAUGUGACCUGGUGUUCCAUCAGUUGAUAGAAGAUGUGUUUGAACACAGAGUUCCCUUAACUCCACAGGAUGCUGUGCGUCUUUGUGCCUUAAAAAUCCAGUCAGAAAGUGAAGAAAUCAAACCUGGUGAUAUUGAUUAUAGUUCAGUGAUGCGUAUCUUACCACGAGACAUGAGGCCUCAUGUAAGAAUAGAAGAUAUAGUGAUACUACACAAGUCGUUGUCAGAUUUGACGCCAAGUCAAGCUGUUCUACAGUUUAUAGAGGUCCUGAAAGCAUGGCCUCUGUUUGGUGCUUCCGUUUUUGAUAUUUCACAAUCCUAUACAUCCACUUUGCCAAAGACACUGCUCCUAGCAGUUGAACAACGUGGAGUACACCUGCUAGAAUGUAAAACAUUUAAAGUGAUACAGUCAUAUGAGUACACGGACGUGUUACACACGAGUCCAGCAUUGAACAGUAUUAUGAUGAUAGUUGGCGAUGUUGCCAAGGGGACCAAAUACAUGUUCCAGACUACACAUGCAAGCCAAGUAGCACACCUUAUCAAAGAAUACACAGAAGAGUUGAAGAAUCGCUCAUUGAUAAUUCCCCCGCAGAAAAUGGAUGCUUCCAUGAUACAGAAAGCUUGUAGAUCAAGUGUUUUUAUAGAUUCCUAUGAUGAAGAGCUCUUGUCGGCCAUGUUGAUUACGAACAAAACGUAGCAGAUUCAGAGUAGAGACUGUGAUUUGGCGGUGAUGUUAUUUAAGAAAAUAUUCUUGUCAUUUUAUUUGUGUGUUAUCUAUUCAUUUUACAUAAUUUUUUUUAGAAUUUGAGAAGUUAGGAGGACAUUUUUGCCAGUACUUCCUAGUGCUAAUUCAGAUAUGUUAAAGGUUAUUAAAUUGUUAAUAUUCGAAUGAAGUAUAACGGCCAUUUAUAGAUUCCAUCAUACAUUCUCAUUUUAUUUUUUGUUUUCUAAAGCCAUGACAAUAAAAUAACUUGUUUUACCUUAGGUAGUAAUUUCAUGAUGUGCAUAAAAUUUGUCAACUUAAAAAUCACUAAAAGAAUUAUCACUUUUGAAAAAGGUUGCAUUUUGUCAUUAUACACUGCUGGUGAUAGUAGGUGGUAUAAAUUUAUAUGGUUGAUAUUUAAAAUCAGGGCAAAGGUCUGGUUCCCAGACUGAUACCAUGAUUUGCAGCAUAAUAUAUGAUAUUAGAUGGAGUUUGAAUCUCAAAUAGUAAACCAGUCAACAGUCUGUCUCAGUCAUGCAUAUUAGAUGAUUUUUAUACAGUUUAUGUCAUCUGAAUGUAAGACUAUUGUACAUAUCUGUUUAAAGCAGCAAGCCUCCAGGUUCAUGCUAAUUUUCAUGAAAAUUUUGAAAAUGAUUUUAAAAGUAAAAUAUUUUGAAGUGAUCAAAGAAAGUCAUUAACACAUUGCAAAGAGCACUCACAAUCCAUGUAAAUUACAAAAAAACCGAGGUCAAAAUAUGUAAAAUUGACCCUUACUGCAUUAGUCACGCAGUAGAAAUAUGCUGAUGAAUACUGCAAAAAUGAGUUAUUAAUCUCGCAUAACAUGUGAAUUAUUACAUGAAUCUUGAAUCAUUUUACUUUUCUUUAAAUCUUAGGACAUUUUUCUCAAGUUUGAUCUCCUUGAAAUAUUUUAGCAGAUUUGGAGGCAUGCAGCGUGUAAGCAGUAAUAGCAAAUAUGAUAGUCUAUCUCUGACCAGUCAAAUUUUACUUUUUUUCUGCCAUUUUUAUGAUCAAAUGAUCAAACUUUGCUAUUUGUAUUUAUAUGAAUUUCAAUGAACUGCAAGUGUUUUUUUUAUGAAUAAUGGAUAAUAUUUGAUGAUUGUGGGUUAACACGUUAAAUAAUGCAAGUCAAAAAAUAUUUUCUGGAUAAAUGAGUGAUGGCUACAUACAUGUAUUACCAGUCACUACUUGUGCUGUUUUCUUAUCAUCCAAGUUAUCAUGUUUUCUAAUAUUGUAUAGGGUAAUUGGCAACGUGAAAAAAAAAUUCCUGACUCAGUGAUGAUUAAAAAUAAAGCAUUUGUUAAUAUGUUAAUAAAUAUUAUUAAUUUAUUGUAAAUCAGAAAAUAAUAAAGCAUUAUGAGAUUAACAAAUUUUUGCAAACAAAAUUUAACCAAGAAAUAUCAAAAGCUGAAUGAAAAAUAAGCAAUUGGUAUGAAAAAAAGUUAUUUCAACAUUUGCAAUUCAUUGAUAAUUCCAUUUUAAUUGUUUCUAUUUGCAACCUGGGACAUAAGAUUAUGGGACAAGCAACUGGAGAUUAGCUGUGCUAACAAUUUGUUUCUUUUAAUUUAAUCAGGCACAUGCUCCACAGACUUACCAUAUUAAUUGUUGUGUAAGGGUUUAUUUUGUCUUUAGUAAAUGAUAAGAGAAAAUAAGCCAACUUGCAUAACAUUUUAAAAGGUCCCUUUUGAAUUUAAAUGGACUUGAUAUUGUGUUAGGAGAAUUUCUCAAUGAAAUUAUUUAUAGUAACAAGUAUAUGAUUAAAACAUUAAAGUGCUAAACUUGUUAUUUAGUGGACUGUGCAGGCUGGCCUGGUGCUAAUAUACUGGUGGUAAAGGGUAAUCACUUUUAGUUUCAACAGGUUAUAUGCUUAUCAAGUUGUCAAUAAAUGUAAUCAGGAACAUGGAAAAUAUGGGUUUUUCCAAGCUAAUUCACUGGUACAAUCAAAUUUUUACAGUCAUAGCUUCACUGUACACAUCUAUUGGAUGUAAACAUAAGACAGCUUAUCUUGUUGGUAGUUGCUUAACCCGCUACUUAUGUCUCAGUGUUAUUUUGUAUUGUUAUUCCUGUUUCUUUCAUUUUUAUGUUUUUGAUAUUGUAUGUACAUUAUGUGUUUGAAAGUGCAAUCUUUAUUAUUUUAAAUUGUAGAAUAUCUAUGCAAUUGUUAGCUUAUGUACUUUUUCUGUGUAGCCGCCAUUCAAAAUAUUUCAAAAUGUAACUCUUACUACAUGUGCUAUGAUGGUUAAACUGCUCAAUAAAAAUAAACUUAAUAUCAAAAGCAUUUUCUGAUUGGCUUGCUUGUAAUAACUUACGCAUUUUGUAACCAAUGAAAAUGAACUGUUUUCUAUCUAAUGCUCAAUUUGAAAGCUAUGCUGCGAUUGGCUGGAUUGAAUCUAAUGUAAACCAAUGGUAGCAAAGAGCCAAUUGUUAUCUUUGAUAUAUUCAGCCAAUCAAAAUACUUGUUGUAUUUUGUGAUAGAAUUAUGAAUUUAUCUCUAUCUUUUUGUUAGCUGAAAUGAUUAAACACUUAAGGAAAGUCGGAAGCCAUUGGUUCUUAAGAUUUAUCAUAUACAUGUAAUAAAUACAUAGUAUUUUAAGGUAAUUUAGAGAAAAAAAAAGAAUUAACAAAAUCUUUUUAUAUACAUGCUGGAACUUAAUAUUAGUAUAUUGUAUCCCAAAUACAUGUCAUGUCUUUCAAAAUAACUUUCUCUGAUUAAAAUUUCAUUUUUAGAUUAACAGAAAAAUUGUUGUAAUUGCCUUUUCAUGAUAGUUUACACCUUGGCAUAAUUCAGUUUAGCUAAAUUAAGUAGUGCAUAACAAAGGUUUAUAUGAUGUCAUGUUUUAUUCAUGAUGUCAUAUUUUAUUUAUGAUGUCAUACUUUAUUCAUGAUAUUACUGGUUAAAGAUAUGAAGCUCAUGGUGUUUUUGUUAAACGGGUCUUGUUUUAUAUAUGCUUUAAAACCUUAACCAAUAAUGCAACUUUUACAUUAAGCUCAGCUUAUUAUUGUGCUUUAAGCGUGUAGAUUUGUCAAAAGUUAAGCAUAACAUAGAAACCUGACCAUGUACAUUUAAUAAGAAAGCCUCUGUUGAUAAAUUUAUAGCUGUAAUUUUAUAUAUUUGGUUAAUUAAAUGAAAAUUUGUUUUUUAGACAAAGAGGCAUAUCAUUUAACACAUUAAGCCAUGACAAUACCUUGCCAUUUCAGACAUUGUUACGUGUACAUGAAAAUACCCGGUACUAUGUCAUUACAAUCAUUGAUGUGAGAAUACCUUGUCAUUUUACACACUAUUGCAUGAAAAUUUCAUACUGUUUUAUAAAAUACAACAUAAAAGUUGAGUGUUGUUUUAUACACCUUUCAUGUAGAAAUACUACACUGGAUCUUUUUACACAUCACAUAAUGAAAAGAUUUGAAUUCAGAUAUUUUUGUGACUGUUAAGGAAAUAAGGAUUUAAAUGUGUUUUUUAUGAUAAUAAUAUAAUGACAGAAGAAAUGAAAAUAUUGUAUACAUGUGUGUGUAAUUUUCCACUAGUCUCAUUUUGCUAGUCGUUCAAAAUUUCAUUUUUUUUUACAUUUCUGUAUUUGUAAGUUUUUUGUCUGCAUUCAAUAAAACAUCUGAUAAUCUGUAAAUUUUUCAUAAUUAUCUUAGGCUAUAUAAUGUAAAAAUACAAACAUGAUUGAAGACUUGAUUUUUAUUUCUUUUGUAAUUACUGUUAGCUUGUAAAAUGCCAAAGUUUCAAAUCAAAGAUUGGUUACCAGUCAAGAAAUAGAAGUCAGCCAUUGGUUGAUUUUAAAUCAGUAUGCAGAAUCAACCAUUUAGACGCAAGAGAUUCAGACUGAUCCACAACCUCAAGUUUUUUUUAUAUAUAUAAGUCUUAUUUUAUUUUAUAUAUUAACCACGUGUUUGUGGAAUGCUGUUUUAUAGUAAUUUUAUUGUAAACUGUUUACAAGGUAUGUAGAUUUAUGUUCCUAUGAUUGUAUGCUAAGCAUUCAAGUGAUAAGAUGUAAUUUAAUUGAUGCAAUAUAUAACUUAAUAAAUCCUUUUGUAUAAAUCAA